CGCGCAGUCAUCUGUGUCGUGCGUGUAUCGGGACCGGAGCCACUCGGGGAUCCGUGUAAAAGUAAAAAUGUCGUGUGUGAAAUGCAACAGUUGUAAUAUUGUCAUUGACGAAUUAUUGUCCUACAUACAAAACAAAAUAUCAAUAUCGGACGAAGAAAGCCUUGUGAAAAUAUGUUCAUCGUUUUUUACUACUGAGCAGAUCGAAAAUUCCAACAUAUUGUUGUUUCAAGCUGUACCAUCCGAACUCAAGCGAAAAAUACGUAAAGGAAAAGGAAAGGAGAACCGUGAGCUGUAUGAUAUCAUAAGCUUUUUUAAAGCUACUGAUCAGGAUGUGCUACCGAUAUUUGUGGCCCGUGAUUUGGAGAAACUGCCUCCAAUUACGUUCGAUCACCUGGAUGUUUCAAAACUCCUCAAGGAUUUGGUACGGGUACAAACAGAGAUCGAAUCUUUGAAAUCAUCAUGUGUGACUAUAAAUCAAUUUGAGGAUUUUAAGAACGAGUUUCUUAAAGUCAAAGAACGCUCGCCGCCUUUUUCUGCUGUUAAAGUUAACAUGAAGAGAGGUGCGUAUUGUAACAGUGGCCCUAUGGGGCUUUCGCAUCUGGACGAGUCAUUAUUGCAAAGUUAUGAAAACAAGACUUGUGACGAGAUUAUAAGCAACGAAAACUGUCUUCAAUAUAGAAGCAUAAACAUAAAAAAUCUCGAGGGUAUAAGUAAAACCGCUCCAAUUCAAAACCAAACUGGUGACGACCGCGGUAAAACGGACUGCGAGAGCGAGCGACAGGUAACGAAACGAAAUGAGUCACCGCUAUCGCUCGCACCAGAUGUAAACAAACGAAGUGAAGUUUUGACGUUGAACGAGAAUAGCAGCGCAGUGGAAAAUGUCUCAUAUGUGGACGUAAUAAAGUCGAGUGAGUGGAAAACAGUCGAAAAAAGGAAGAGGAAGAUAUCUAGAAACCGUGUUGAGGGCAAAACAGGGACUGUUUUAAUAGAUGCCGAGGAAAAGUUCAGGGCGGCUGAGAAGAAAAUACCCCUUUUCAUCACAAAUGUACAUAAAGAUACCAGAGAUUCGGAUAUCGUUGACUACAUAAACAAAAAGACAAAUGAAAUAGUCACAUUAGAAAAAAUAUCCAUAAAACGUCACUGUGAGCAUAAUGCUUAUAAAUUCUUUGUAUCACAAAAUAAACUGCCAUUAUACCUAGAUGAGAAAUUAUGGCCCCAAGGGAUUAUUUUUAGACGUUUUAUAAAUUUUAAAAUAAAACGUAAUGUAACUCCUACGUCAGGAAGCGGCCCGCCUAUAUAGAAGUCAUGGAUAAAAGUUUAUACAAGUUUGUUACGUUUAAUUGUAAAAACGUCAAACGGUCUAUAGAUGCGAUUCGAGAUUUAU